UCACUAUUAUUAUUAUUAUUAAAUUUCAUGAAUUUCUUCCUAAAUUACUUCAUAGAUAUAAAGUAAUAUACAAGGACUAAGCGUGUAAGAACACGUGUGAGAUCACAUUUCAAUGAAUUACACUUUAUAAUGUUCUAGUAAUAAAUGUGUAAAAUAUAUUUUCCCGUGCUUCGAUAUCGAGGGAGUGUCCUAGUUUAAAGAAAAUCAUAUAAAUAGAUUGUUAUAGUACAUAGUAUAUAAAAAAUGUUAUUCUUUCUAAAUGAAACAUAUAAUAUUAUCUCAAACAAUGAUUCAAGUAGAUAAUCACGCAGGAUCGUGAGUAACAGUUACGUGCAUUGUCCGCCAUAGAGACGUUAGCGCGCUUAAUUAUUAACAAGGCUGUAUGGGUAGCAUCGAUGAAUGAAUCCUGUUGCGCAGACCGGUAGCUUUCAUUGUAGAAGAGUUGAUAGCUACUGAGCUACUGUAUAGUGUAUAGUCAGUCGGAGUCGCGGGGUGAACGUUGGUGCGCGAGUUUCGCUCGGUUGUUUUUUCCGUGAUUUUGGAGCGAGAACCGCGACCAAAGACACUAGACCGAAUAGACGGUACGAUUGUUCGCGGACAGAAUGAUCAGCGUGUCAAUUAACAAAGGUUUCUUGGAGAACAUGCAGAAGAAGAGAUGUUUUCAAAACGAAAACGACGGUCAGUAAAACUAAAGGGAGCAGGCGUGGACUGUGGGUUCGAGACGGGCGUGGGGAUGAACUCUACGGGGAAUGCGAGAGGGAGGAGGACUGGGGCGCUUCCUGUGGUUGGCAUUAGCCUAAAAAAGCUCCAUAAACAGAAUCGCGGCCGAAUGUCUUUUCAAUGCAACGAAAAUGGUGAAGUGUGGGAAAAGGUGGGCAUUGAGUAAAGGCUUCGACAGCUCGAACCAUGACAGAGGCAUCAGAGGAUGGUAACUAUCUGGUGAGGGUUCGGGCCCAGGUAAUGACAAGGGACGAUAGUUCUGGUGGCUGGGUUCCGUUAAGUGGCGGUGGUUUAGCCAAUGUUUCGGUUAGACGAAGAGCUACUUCUUCAAGUGGCCACCAGUCGAAUAAUAUCAAUGGAUCUGGUAUUUCAACUUCGACUGUUAUACCCUCUAUUACCAACUCUACACACUCUGUAUCAAUUACAGCUGUUGCUCCUGUUCAAAGUCAUGGAUCUUCUAGUUCCCCACCUGGUGCGACUAAGAAGAGACAUGAGUAUCUCAUUUAUGGAAAACGGAUCACCGAUCAAUCAGUUGUUCUUAGCUGUACAAUUAAAAAAGAUUUUGAAUACAAUAAGGUAAUGCCAACUUUUCAUCACUGGAGGACAGGGGAGAAAAGAUUUGGACUGACAUUUCAAACUGCUGCAGAUGCAAGAGCUUUCGAUAAAGGUGUUCGUACGGCUGUUGAAGAAUUAUUAGAAGGGUUGGCUAAUUCAACAUUAUGUGGUAAUACAUUAGAUGCUGGCGAUGAGGAUGUUUUCAUGGCUUUGAACUUACCAGUGGAACCGUCGGAACCACGUCCGUCAUCGGAUACACCUCAUGGCAUAGUUCGAGUGCCCAAUUAUCAUUCCCAAAGUUCAGAUCUUCCUGAUUCGAAACCUAUCCAUUAUAUCGGCGGUUCAUCUAUAAAAGUACCGCCAUCGCAACAUCCUUUGGCAUCGACUGCAGAUGUUGGACCAGAUAGCUAUCCUUAUGUGCAGCUCACAACCCUUAAUCAUGAUUAUUUAUAUCCCAUUAUCGAUGAUCAUAAAGGAGACCGGUUAGAUGGACAUAAUUCAAGUGGUUCUUUUAAGAAACCUAAUAUUAUAGUAUCUCAACCUUCUAAAAAUACUAUGAAACGUAAUGUUCAAUUACGAUGUAAAUAUUGCCAAGAACUAUAUACAGAACAGCACAAUCCUAGAGGAUCUUGCGAAUAUGCUCCAGAUCCUAUUAAACGUGGAAUCGCAAAAAUUUCGUGUCUCUCGUGUGCUCAGGGUAUGUUGUACCACUGUAUGAGUGAUGCUGACGGUGAUUUUUCCCAGAACUCUUGCAGUUGUAGCACAGAAGAAGGAUGUGGACGCAGGUGGUUUGGUUUGGCAUUAUUGUCGCUGAUCGUUCCUUGCUUGUGGAUUUAUCCUCCACUCAGAGCUGUACAUUGGUGUGGCACGUCCUGUGGAAUGUGUGGAGGACGUCACCAUCCGAUGGAAUAACUGGAGGAACCCUUUGAUAUCUCUGCUCCAUACUCUGUCCAAUCAGCCAAUCUUUCUUCAUCACGUGGUGCUGUAGCCAAUGUGUACGAAUGUCAUGAUUUGAAUAUGGGUCGUUGUCAGAGGUAUCAAAGGGGCAGACAGCUUCCAGUACAUGCACUUAUCCAUCAGCGUCAUCUCUGAAGUAAUUUGUUAAAAAAAAAAGCAAAAGACCGAAAAAAAUACGAGCAUAAAGUAUUGCAUUUAGUCAUAAUACUAUCUAUAUUCCAUACAUUUUGUAUAUUUUAUUAGCAAAAUGCAUUAUUUAGUCACACCUGUACAUUAAACGAUUUGAGAAUGAACUUCAUUUAGUAUACUUCGAAUGAUGGGUCUAUAAUAACAGUAUCUGGACUAACCAACUGUUUGUGAUACAUGGUGCACACUUGAGAAUUCAAUGAAGAAAUGAGGACAUGCAAAAUUGUAUAUUACCAAGUUGGAAGUUAAGUUUUGCUUUGUGCGAAACUUUUUACAAUAAAAGUAACUGUUUGCUAUACGAUUAUAGAAAUUUUGAUUUUAUUAUAUGUAAAUUGAAGAUAUUAUUUAUUAAACUUGUUCAUUUUUUUCGUAAAAUGUAAAGUGAUAACAUUUUGUCACUACAAAAUGUAUUAUUUGGAUUCUUUUUCAUUCUUCUUAUGAAAUUUUAUAUGUCUUUAUAAUCAAACCCAGUGUCGACAAUAUUUGUACUAUACACUUUUAUAUGAUUUUUCUAGAAAAAAUUGAGUUAGCUUUGAUUCAAUUACAAAUUAUAUACAAAAUGUAUGUUUAUCUUUUAAGCCUUAGGUAUUUAACAGGCAAAAAUAAAGAUUUCUAAUCUAUUUCAGUAAUUAGCAAAACUGGUUGAAAAAGCUAGUUGCACAUUCACAAAUAAGUAUCAAAAUUAAUGUUAAAAAUUCUAUGACGAUGAAUGUUUAUAACAAACAAUUUUUUUAUUAUCAAAAUGCAAUUUCGUUCUUAAGGUACCUUUGUAUUGUGCUCUUUCUAUUUUAAAAAUAUCAUUAAUAUUUAUAUAGUCAUUUAUUCGUUAAAUGGAAUUUCUUAUGCUACUACGUUGGUGUAAUAUUAAAUGCUAAAUUAUAUCAGUAUUUACUAGCAUGGUACUUUCAGUACGAUCAAUCUUAUUGUUACUUCAUUCACAAUGAAGAUAAGUUUAAGAAACUUCGAUAAUAUAAUAUAUUAUUAGUUUGAGGCUUAUCACACAUUGAAAUAUAUUUUCAAUUUUAGGAUGAAUGAUAAAAAUAGUUUUACAUUAUUGUAAACAUGUAUCUAUAUUGAAGAAAAACUUAUCCAUACUUGAUUUCUUGCUUUUUAUAGACUGCUAUGGAUUGUUUACAAAUCGGAAUCUCUAUUCUAUAAUGUAUUAUAUUUCUGUAACAUAUAUAUUUAGUAUUGUUAAGAAAAUUCUAAUUUACAUCUAUAUGUACUCCUAAUUAUUUUUUUAAGUUCACUAAUAAUUAAUAGAUAGUUCAUUUUAUUUUAUGUAUUCUACAAUAAUUGAAUGAUAUGCACACCAUUUGAAUGUUUAGAAAAUUAAGAUGCUUUUGAGAGAGGGAUGCAGUUGGUCUUUAACAAUAAUUCUGCUUAUUAUUGAUCUUAUUGAACGUUCUUUAUUAUCAGCUUUACAAACCAUAAUAUAUGGUUUUUUAGAAUUUCACGCACACUAAGAAUCUGAAUUUUAUAUGUAAAUUUUAAUUGAAAGGAAGUUAACUUUGAAUUUAUUAAAACGCUAUGGUUAAUUAAGUGUUUUAUAAAAGUAUAGCUGUUUGUUUGUUUGCUCAGAUUAUGUGAUCAUAAAUAUCAUUGAAAGAGAUUCAAUUAUAAUGUUUACAAUUUUUACAUUAUUUUUAAAAUAUAAUUUAUAAUAAAUAGAUGAUACAGUCAGAUGCAGCUUUCGAAUAACAAUAUAAAUUAAUUAUUAAACGGUUCGAUUCACCGCAUCUCCAAUCCUUUUGCAGACAUUUAGUUAUUAAAAAAAAGAAGUACGAAAUAUUUGAUUUAUGGAAUAUGGUGGAAGACUACAAAUCAAUAUUAUCAUUCAAUAGGUUUUGUUAUAUCUUAUAUUUCUAGUCCAAUGAUAGGGAUGUAUUUUAAUUCUUUUGUGAUUGAAACAACUUAUAUCAAAAUUUACUUUUUCUCGAAAUUUUACGUGAUAUAUGUAUAGUACUUUUAAAUCUUUACAAAGUAUGUAAUGUCUUAAAAAAAGAAACGUUUAGAAUAUUUUCCGUAUAAUGUACAAUAUAUUUAAUUUUCUUUUUAUUAAUCUUAGGAUAAUGCUGUUAGAUUCUUGUUUAUAAUUAUCGUUUAUUAAAAUUAUGUGACCUAGUUAAA